ACGGACAUGGCAAACGGCCGAGAUUUUAUAUGCAGGCUUCUUUCACCACUGGUGGCUGUUGUCGCUACGUCCGAUGCCGAAGAGUUGGCCAAGCUCAAUAACCUUCCUACGUUUGCGGACUUUAUAAAACCUUUUGGAACUCGUAUUAAGCAAGUUCAUGUACAGGAUUCGCAAGGGCAUGCCUCAAUCCUUGAAAGCUUUUCCGUUCGGUUUAGAGAUUGGCGACAAUUGGACCAAUUCAAUCCUCAGAUUAUCAAUAAAACUGUCGUUGACCACCUUGGUAAACAUGGAAGGCGAAGACCUACGUUCCCGUCCAUCAAAACGAAAGAAGAUGUGCAAUCAGCAUAUAGUCAAAUCGAUAAUGAUCAGUUGACACCUUGGUAUUCGGAUUAUCGUAAUUCUGUUUGCAAAUAUGUGGGAUUCUCCGAACACGAGACAUUCAAUCAUCCAGUGGCUUAUUUGGUCGUGGUAUCGACUUCAAACCCGAACCCAGCCGAUGCUGCCCAAGAUCUUACCUCCGAUAGUCAGUUCACGACCCUAUCCGAAAAAUCAUUCCUAGAUCCUGCCAUCCCGAAAUAUUAUAUCCUAGUUCACGAUGCCCAUGUUGCCCCGGGGGUAGAUCCUGAGGCAGCUUUAGUUCAGAUGCGAAAAAGCCUUCCAGCUACUUAUUUAUUAAGAAUCAACUCCGUUGUCCACUCGCCUCCUUCCAAUUCAGAUCCUUUCAACCCAGAAACAAUCCCCUCACCUACAGUACCAGAUGUGUGGACUUCCAUCCAAUCGGAAACUAUUCCUUUACUAGAACAACUUGCGGCUUCACUAAAGAGUACCUCUACAGCGUCCUUAGCCUCCACGCGAGAUUCAAUAAGUUCGCCGAUCAUCGAUGAAGGCUUUCCGCUGUUCAAGGAGAAGGGAGAGCCGGCAGCGGAUCCCCUUGGGGCUUCAAGCACUGCUGCGGCAGACUCACCAACGGAAACGAAGAGUCCUGCAUACGGAUGCUACUUGACAAAUGACGAUUUUGCUGGGAUUGAUGAGUGUGUCAAGGACUUGGUUGUACAAAAGAUCAUAAAGCACAUGGAAUCAUGUAUUCAACACUGGAAUGAACAGGUAGCUAGCAAUCGAAGAGGACUGACUGGUCGGUUAAAUCGACUAGUUGGAUUGAAAUAUUUUGGUGGCGGCACCAAAUCCCAAGCUGCUACGCCGGCUCCUGUUACAGACAAAUCAGGCGUCACCGUAUUUCCGCAUAAUGCACCUGAGAUGAUCAUGAGAAGACUAGCAGAUUUUGCCUUCAUGCUUGAAGAUUACCGUCUAGCAUUUGGCACAUAUGAUUCCAUACGGAAGGAUUUUCAAGGCAACGAGAGAUUCGUAAAGUUUCACGCCGGGACCCAGGAAAUGUUGGGGUUAACUGUGCUGAUGGGCGAUGGGAUCGGAAGGGGAUCUGUCGAGAAUUACUUGGAAACAGCCGUGACAGGGUAUCAAGACAGCAAAGUACCAUUGUAUGCCGCUCGUGCUGCUAUGUUGUAUUAUGAAAUGCUCCGUGAGCGCGGGCUCUUCAGGGAAGCAGCGCCCUUGCUCAUCAGAAUGACGGGAGAGGACUCUGACGUUCGAAGCGCCUUGUUUCUGGAACAAGCUGCAAUCUCUUUCCUCCGAGUUAAUCCACCAAUGAUUAGGAAAUAUGCUUUCCAUAUGAUACUGGCAGGGCAUCGCUUCGCCAAAUGCGGACAGCGAUUGCACGCGUACCGUAGCUACAUGUCUGCAUUAGAUGUUUAUGAAGAGCGUGAUUGGUCCCUUGUAGAAGACCACAUACACUUUAUUUUGGGCCGGCAAUGCUUCCAUCUCGGAGAGUUUGAGGCAGCGGUCAAAUUCUUCCUCAAAUUACUCCGUGCUAGUCGACAGACCGCCGCACAGCAGAGCUCAUACCUCCGCGAAUUUCUCUACCUAUUCAAACAAUAUGCAGCCAAAGCAUCCAAAGAUGAUUUGCGCAAUCUGCCACCAUUGCCAGUGCCUGAAUUCAAUCUCUCAAGCAUUCUUGUCUCAAUGAUCGAAUCUCACUCAGGACAACCGAAGCAGGUCGCAAAUAGCGACGAAGCAUGGGAUACCAUGGAAAACGAGCUAUUCGAGGAAGGCUAUAGUAAAGUUGGACCAAGAGCGUUUCGGACUGCUAACAAUCGAGGCAAAACAACAUGCGCUGUCGGAGAACCUGUCUUCGUUGCCUUUGAAAUCCAUAACCCGAUGAACAUACCCGUUCAAAUCAACAAUGUGUCGCUGCAAUGCGCCUAUAGAGACAAACCCCCAGCACCUAUAGACUUGACAUGGAAUGCCGAUACACAAGCACCAGAGACAAUUGAACUGGAAGAGUUUGAUGUACAGAAUACCAGUGAAAUCGAGUUGGACGGCAAUGAACGUAAAAGGGUGCAAUUGCAGAUCUUUCCAAAGCGUGAGGGAGAGGUCCGAAUCACAGGGGUGCGCUACACCUUGUGCGGAGUCGUACCCUCCUGCUACACAUUCCCCGCAUCACGUCCGGGAAAGAAUGAUCCCGUUUCCCAGCUGACUCUCACCGUCACAUCUCCAAUGCCUGUCCUUGAUGUGAUCUUACAUUCGUUUCCAAUUUCCAUGCUAUCUGGCGAAGUUGUUCGCGCUGUCCUCGAGAUUAACAACAAAGGGAAUCGCGGACUCCGAAACUUGCAACUCAAAACAAGCCACCCAACCUUUUUCUGUGUUGGUGAAAGUGACGCUAUGGAUUGUCCGUCGUAUGUACCCACCGAUAAUGGCACCAACACUUGUGAAUCUCUAAAGAUUCGGAAUCUUUUGUCCAACUUGGGUACCAUCCCCAUCAAGUUACCUGCUUCCGACCGCCCUGAUCAAGACAUUGAUGGGGUUUUGGCACCGGGAACGACAACCAUUAUUCCAUUGUGGAUUCGAGGUGACAAAGUUGGCAAACAAAAUUUCAGAUUCCUCUUUGGUUAUCAGUCUGAGGAUAAGAGUGACAAAGUAGGCUGCCGAACCUUGCGAAUUAGUAUGGCAACCAAUAUCCUGCCGUCUGUGCGCAUGAAUGCAUUUACGCGGCCGAGUGGACGUGUUUUGGAUGAGUUUAUCCUGGGGGUCGAGAUUGAGAAUCUGCACGGGGAGGGCGAACUGGUUUUGAAGCAGAUAACAUCCAUGAGCCCCACAUGGAUCAUACGGCCGAUUGAUGACCGGUUACCAGUUGAAGAGGACUCCAAGCUACAGGCACAGCAAACCCGGUUCAAGUAUCUUCGAUUCACGAAAGCUACUGGGCCUCUAGAGCCAACAAACUUGGCCAAGGUCCCGGAAAGGAUCACAAUGCGCGCCAUUGAAAGUCUACUUCUCGGAGAGUCCCCAGUAAACCUCGACGCCCCAGACCUGACCUUGCGAUUGUCCAACUUGGCACUGUCACCCACUCAUAAUGUAUUAUCAUGUGAUACCGUUCCUUUCAGAGGAUUGUCGUUGAACUCCCGUCUACAAUGGCGGGUGAGCCAACUCCUAGCUCAAUAUCCGGGCCUUACACUUUCACAACUCAGACACCUGUUCACAUUAUAUUUUACGGAUGAUGUGGACUUGUCGUUAAUCUGGGAGACCUCUGACGGAACAAAGUGUGGACACCAUUACAUCAUGGGUAUCAACCUUGGUCUUCAGGCGCCUUUGCAAGGGUUACAGGCUGGGUUAGAACCUCUCGCUGCAGCCGCUAAGGCCGCUGCUGGUAGAGCACUGUUCGAGACGACAGUGCGCGAGAAAAGGGCUUUGAUCACCAGUCUCCUGAAGCCGAGAGGAAAAGAUGUCAGCCCUUUGAGGGUUAUUCUGAAGAGCGAGCUGGAAUAUAGGCAUGAUUUUGGAAAGCAGGAGAUAUGCUCCGUUCCAAUUACGCUUACAAUUCGUAAUACGGCAUGGGCCAAUGUGGCUAAUUUCACUCUUCAGACCGCGAUACCCGACACGACUGUGGUGGGCCAAACGGAUAUCCCCGCUUUAGACGCACCAGGAUUUUACUGGCUUGGGGCAACUUGUUCGGAGGGGCGCUUGCAACCCGAAGAAGAAACGUCCGUGACAUUUACCGCGUGCUUUCGGCGACCUGGAGUAUAUAAUGUGAACCGAUGGCAGAUGAACAUUAGCAUCGACCCACCACAUAGCGGUACAGAGGACAAAAAGGGUGUGGCGAGUGCCGGUGUGAAGGAGGGGACGGCUUCGUAUGUUCAAAUGCCCAACUUGCCACAUUGGGUCACUGUGUUGGGAUGAGCACACGUUCCGACGUAAACUUUAGAUUACCAAUCCUUACAAAGGCCGUGCAUCGGAUUUAUGCUGUGGUGCCUUGUCAAAUGCAAAAUAUAUCAUGUAUUAUAAAUAAGAUGUCUGAAUUGGCGUAUUUCUCAAUAGAUUGCUGGUCUUCUUGAUGGUG